GUGACACGUUCACUAAAAAAAAAUCCUUUUGUGGCUAAUCAUUUAUUAGCAAAAAUUGAUAAACUCAACACGAAGGCAGAAAAAGAGAUAAUAAUAACUUGGUCCCGGACAUCUACCAUUAUACCUACAAUGAUUGGCCAUACAAUUGCUAUUCAUAAUGGCAAGGAACAUUUGCCUAUUUUUAUAACAGAUCGUAUGGUAGGUCACAAAUUGGGAGAAUUUGCACCUACUAUAAAUUUCCGAGGACAUGCGAGAAAUGAUAAUAAAUCUCGUCGUUAA